CAACGUCAAUAUCUCGAUACUGAAGAAAAUGAAGCUCACCACCCUCGUCACCGGCCUGCUCGCCACCACCGCCUCCGCCGCCUUCGACAAGUGGCAACCCUGGGGCAAGCGCGACUACUCCUGCAUCAAUGUCUACCAGGGCAUCCCCGAGAACGCCACCCUGGCUGCCGGCACCACUGUCCAAAUCGCCUUCAACCGCGACAGCGACCGCUGCGAUGCCGUCCUCGACCAGUACGCCGCCGGCAACUACAGCGUGUGGCUGUACAACAACCCCAACCGCAACCUGGGCGAUCUGAGCUACGAUGCCCAGGCCAAGGUCGUCGACCGUAUCCCUGGCACUGCCAAGAACGUGACUGUUACUAUUCCUGCGACCCUGCCGAAGGUUAAGGAUGACUCGAACUGGUACCUGCGUUUGGAUACCGUGCUUGUCAAUGCUCCUCAGAUGCCUUCGCUGUUCAAUGCCCAGGGUCCUUUCCGCAUUGUUCGGUAAAUCAGUCGCUCGUUCCUAUACCUGCUUAGCUUAAGCUGAGGAACCGUGGAAGUGAUAUGGAGGAUAUCCAGUGCAUAGUCACAGUAUAUAGCCAAGCCAGCUUUGUAUAAAAUACACGUAUUAUCCAUCUCCAUUUCUCUACGUUCCGCUUAACAGCAUCGCAACAAUGCCCACCUCACAAGAGGUGCAGCCAACCCGAGACAGUCUUGGAAGAGGUAGAUUUGCCAGGAAUGCUGUGGGUCUGGGAGUUCGGAGAUUAUUCCCGAGCGUCGCAUGGUUUGAUUUUCAAAGGAUUUAUUUGUGGCUGGAAGGGACUUGCCAAUCAACCGCUCGUCAGCAGGUUGUAUCUCUAGCUGAAUAGCUAUUGACGGAUUACCUGGAGAAUUCAUAUCGCUGCAUUAGGACGAGAUGCUUACCAAAGUACAAUGAAUCGAUUGAAUCACG